GGCCGCGGCGCGCGCCUGCCAAACGCCGCCUGCCCGCCAGCGGUCGCGGGGGCAAGGGUGGCUUGCUCGCAGCAGGCUGCCCGGGCGUCGCUGCUGCUGCUGCUGUAGCUCCUCUUAGGAGGCUGCAGGAGGUGGCUUCGGGUCGCCGCCGCUGCCCUUCUCUCCGCGUCCGGGAUGCUCGGAGCGGCUCCGCGGCCGCAGUCAGGGGGCUGCCCGGAUCCUCUCGCGCCUCUCCAGCCUUGGCGGCCGGGGCACAGCAGCAGCCGCGCCGCCGUCAUCGGCCGAGGAACGGCCCUGCGCUUGGAGAGCUCCGCCACUUUCCACUCGCUGCUUAUCCACGACGGAGGGGUCUUGGUCUUUGCGGAUAAUCCAGAGCAUCCCAUUACCGUAAGGGCCCGCAGCAUCCUCCUGGAGAAUGGUGGGGCUCUCCACGUGGGCUCUGCUCAGUGCCCUUACCGCUCCAAGGCCACCAUUUCCCUGUACGGCAAAGCCACCGAAGGAGCCGACGUAGAAGGCUAUGGCAAGAAAUUCCUGGGUGUGGGCAGAGGCGGGAUUCUGGAGCUGCAUGGCAGGAGGCCUCGGUCAUGGACACUUCUGGAUAGGACUCUGUACCCAGGGGGUCUCCGGUAUGGCCCAUACUCCUCCAAAAAGCACUGGAGCAGCCGUGGCCUCAACAUCCGGAUCAUCGAUGCAGACACGGCCCAGGUGGUGGCGUCUGAUCGCUUUGACACCCACCUCCUUGUCGAUGAAAGCCAGAGAGUAAGGGCUUUUCUUGCCCGCCAGACCCCGGGCAAAGUGGUCGCCAUCGCGGUGGGAGAUUCUGCAGCCAAGAGCUUAACCCUGGAGACCCGCCUGUUUCUCAGCAACUUGCUGCAUAGUGAAUUCAUCCUGCAUCUGGGAUACAGACAGCCCUGGGCUCUGGUUGGGAUCCUUGGAGGAGAUCCAUCUUCCACCGCAGAAGAUGCAAAUUGGCCUCAAGGGAAUGGAACAGUGAGGUUGGCAGUAGCAGCAAAAGACUUUCAGACCUAUGAAGGCAUUGGUUUUACAGUCACGGCAUUCAGUGGAUGGAUCAAAGGAGUGCCCCACCAUGGCUUUAAGGUUGAAGUGUCCAAAGGCAUCAUCUUGGAUUUGAUGGACGAAGUGACUAGUUGGCUCCCUGGAGACCGGAUUGUUAUUGCAAGCACCGACUACUCCAUGCACCAGGCUGAAGAGUUUAAUCUGCUGCCUUGCCCUGAAUGUCAGAGUAACCAGGUGAAGAUCGAUGGAAGCCCACUCUACCUUCACAUGGGUGAAAUUGUGGAUGGCGUAGAUAUGAAAGCGGAGGUUGGUCUCCUGACUCGAAACAUAGUUGUUCAAGGAGAGAUGGAAGAUGAGUGCUACGGGCCAAACCAUUGCCAGUUUUUCAGCUAUGACACGUUCGGAGGGCAGAUUAAAAUUCAAAAGAAUUUUACCUCCGUCCAUCUGGCGGGUGUAGAGCUGAAAAACAUGGGCCAGCAGAUCUUGGGGAGUUAUCCCGUGCACUUCCACCUGACUGGAGAUGUGGAUGAGAGAGGAGGCUACGACCCGCCAUCUUACCUGGACAAUCUGGCCAUCCAUCACUGCUUCUCGCGGUGCGUUGCCAUCCAUGGAGCUCAUGGCCUUUUGGUCAAAGACACUGUUGGUUAUGACACUCUGGGACAUUGCUUUUUCCUUGAAGAUGGAAAUGAACAGCGGAACACAUUUUAUCACAAUCUGGGUCUUCUUACCAAGGCGGGGACCAUCUUGCCAACGGACCGCAAUGAAGCGAUGUGUCUCGCCAUGCGAAAUAACGUAUAUGGGAAUUAUGUUCCUGUGCCCAGCAUGGAUUGUAUGGCUGUCAGCUCCUUCUGGAUUGCGAACCCAAACAAUCAUCUGAUACAGAACUCAGCUGCUGGUGCUCAGGACGUUGGAAUAUGGUACAUUUUUCACCGGGUUCCUACUGGGCAUUCUGAGGGAGAAUAUCCAGCCGGGCAGUCUGAACUGACUCCUUUGGGGACAUUUUACAACAACCGAGUUCAUUCCAACUUUAAGGCUGGCUUAUUUAUUGGGAAAGGAGUCAAGACGACGAAAGCCAGUGCUGAAAAUCCUCGAGAAUAUCUGACAGUGGAUAAUGCCAGGUUCCGCCCACACCAGGAUGCUGACCCCGAGAAGCCACGGGUUCCUGCUGUCAUUGAUGGCCUCGUUGCUUUUAAAAAUAAUGACCAUGGAGCCUGGGCCAGAGGAGGUGACAUUGUCUUCCGCAAUUGCGGUUUCGCGGACAAUGGGAUUGGGCUAACUCUAGCUAGUGAUGGAACCUUCCCCAUAGACGAAGGCUGCAGCUUAGAAGUGACUCAUUCUAUUUUUGUUGGGGAAAGCAGCAACGUCGGUUCCCGGGGAGGACAAAACCGCUACUGGGGAAGGGGAGCCAACGGAGAAUAUCGAACGCUGCCCCGAAACAAGACUUUUCCAAUCCGUGGCUUCCAGAUAUAUGAUGGGCCUGUUCGGCUGACGAGAUGCACUUUCAGAAAGUUUGCUCCCACUGCUGACAGGCAUUCAAGUGCUAUUGGCUUCUUCAUGAAGAAUGCGUGGCAGAUCAGUCCUCAGAACAACGUGUCGCUGGUCAGAAUGGAGAGAAGUGUUGGACUCAAGGUGUUCUUUGGCAUGCCAGGCCAGUGGUUUGGAGACCAUGAUAAUGAUGGCGACAAAGUCUCCAUUUUCCAUGACCUGGAUGGCUCAGUGACAGGAUAUCCAGGCACCUUUGUGGGGAGAGCAGACAACUAUCUCAUUCGCCACCCCGGCUGCCUCAUUGUCCCCCGGUGGAAUGGAAUGAUAUGCUCUGGAAAAUAUGCACAGUUCUAUAUUCAAGCCAGGCGUCCCGAGAAUCUGACCUUAUCGAUUGCCAGAGCAACAUACCAUUCCCACCCUCUGAGGCUACAGGGGGUGAACCGAGGGGUACCGUACCAACAGUACCAGCCGGUGGUGAUGCUGGAGCAAGCCUAUAUUGUCCAAUGGGAUGGCAGAGCACCAGAAGAUGUCCUCCUCUAUCCAGUAAACUUCAACAGGGGAGACUGGCUACAUGUGGCCCUCUGCUACCCAAGGGGAACAGUUUUCUCUGUGGUGGGGGACAUCUACCAGCGGCAAACGGGGAGAGCUCACCAUGUGGAACGCUACACGGCAGUCUCUUCCCAGCACACCGUGUGGAACAGGCCUGACGAACGCCUCUUUUAUUUUGACAGUGCAUCGGGGUACCUAUUUCUCCGUCUUCAAGCACAUGAAGUCCGGAAGGGACACAGCUACUGCUCUCAACGUGGCUGCGAACGCAUUAAAAUCACUGCCUCGAUGCCCUCUGGGCUUUCCUGGAGUUGCACUCCGAACCCAUUUGGGGGGAAGGACAUCCAGAGGAAAGGGUCUUCACGGCCCUCAGGGACUCGGCGGCUAGCAGUAUCUUGCAGUCAGUGUGGCGCCCCUCAGGUUGCUGUCACGAGCACACCUUCCGUUCGAUAUGUCCAGAUCCAGAUCCAGUCUGCCAGGAGGACAGAUGUGGAGAACUACUCAAGGCUGGCUUUCAUUAAGGUCAACGAUGAAGUCUUCUUUUUCCACAGCUGGGGAAUAUUCUUCCUGGUUCUGGAUGCCUGCUCCGGUGAAGUCGUGAGCAGGCGGCACUUUGAUACAGCCGGUGCCGGAAAGGUUGCCAGCGCAGUCACCAGCUAUGUUGAAACAUCUGUAAAAGAGAGAUCAAUUGUCCUUGUGUGCUCUAGAGAUACCACAGAAGCCUUCAAGAUGUCAAUAUUUACAAGGUUAGGUUCGGCAAAGCCUGUUGUCUUCCUCACAAAAGGCAGCUUUGCUAUGCUUGGAUAUAAAGGAAGCCCCAGGCCUUCUUGGGUUAAAAUCCACAGCCGAGCUGCUGAUGAGAAAUCUGCUUUUCUCCAAUAUUAUGUGCCGCUGAUGUUGAGACAAUACAGAUGUUCAGCUAAGGUGACAGACUUUUAGAAGGGCACAGCUCCACAGAGCCAAGGAAACCUGCACAACGGAACUGCUGAAUCGUUGGUAGACCUUCAGUGACACUGCAUAACACUGCCGUUUUUUUGCUUUGUUUUGUUUUUAUAUUGUAUCGGGACAUGCAUUUUUUAAAAAAAGCCUUAUUUUAUAACUAAUAAAUAUAUUCUGUUCUGACAAA